GGUCUGACCGCGAGUGGGCAGCCUGGCGAAGGCACUUGAGGCGUUUUUCCCCUGUAACAAUAUUGUUAAUCGUUCGGACGCAUUUCUGCGUAUUAGGAAGACCUCACGAAGGGCUGUGGCGUGCUGUUUAACGCGCUUAAACGGUCUUCGCGUGUAAUGGCUGCAGUCUUCGACAUCGAGUUGCACGACGCGGAUACUAGGGACGAGUCGGACGACGACGUGAUCGAGAUCGGCGAGGGGGAAUAUGACGCUAAUCCAAACGUCAAUGAAAUUAUUGAAUCAGAGGGUGUGGAAGCUGUAGCUAUUUCGGAGCAAAAUGUUAAUCGAGGUCGUGAGAGGGCUGGGCCACAAGACUUCGAAUUGUGUAAGGUCAUCGGAAAAGGUGGAUAUGGCAAGGUUUUCCAAGUACGCAAAAUAACUGGCAACGAUAGUGGAACUAUCUUUGCAAUGAAGGUGUUACGUAAGGCAUCGAUCAUAAGGAAUCAAAAAGAUAUGGCACACACCAAAGCAGAAAGAAAUAUUUUGGAAGCUGUAAAGCAUCCCUUUAUUGUUGACCUUAUGUACGCUUUUCAAACGGGAGGCAAAUUGUAUCUGAUAUUGGAAUAUAUGUGCGGUGGAGAACUAUUCUGGCAUUUGAAUCACGAGGGCAUUUUUCUGGAGGAUACUGCAUGUUUCUAUCUGUCGGAGAUUAUUCUUGCCCUGCAACACUUACACCUACAGGGAAUAAUAUACAGAGAUCUGAAGCCUGAGAAUAUUUUAUUGGAUGCCGAAGGUCACAUAAAAUUGACAGACUUUGGUCUCUGUAAAGAACAUAUACAAGAUGGAACUGUAACGCAUACAUUUUGUGGCACCAUCGAAUACAUGGCUCCUGAAAUUCUCUCAAGAAGUGGACAUGGAAAGGCAGUGGACUGGUGGAGUCUUGGCACUCUUAUGUACGAUAUGAUAACGGGUUCUCCACCAUUUACAUCCGAUAACCGGAGAAAAACCAUAGACAAAAUCUUGAAGAGCAAAUUGCACCUUCCACCAUAUUUAACUCAUGAUGCCAGAGAUCUGAUCCGGAAGCUGUUGAAGAGACAAGUCGCGCAAAGGUUGGGAUCUGGUCCAUCAGAUGCAGAGCAGAUCAAGAGCCACCAAUUUUUCAAGCACAUCAAUUGGGAUGACGUUAUAUCUCGUAAAUUGGAGCCGCCUUUGAAACCUUCGUUAUCCAGCGAUGAUGACGUUUCUCAAUUUGACAAAAAGUUCACGAUGACGGCCCCUGUUGAUUCUCCAGCUGAAUACACCCUAAGUGAAUCUGCCAACAGGGUGUUUCAAGGAUUCACCUAUGUUGCUCCGAGCAUCUUAGAAGACAUGCAUUCACAGCCACAUGUCGUGAACGCCAGAAGUCCUCGCCGAGGCAAUACGCGUGGAUUCUCUCCUAGAGGAACGCAUAUUCACAUCCACUCCUCGCAUCUUCAACAUAGGCACAGUGGCGUCGGUCACAACGGCAUCGAGGACACAGAAAUGAUCGAGAUAGGCUAAUCGCCUGUUCACUCGUAGCAGAUAACAUAAUAAAAUAUCGGCCUAGCUGUUGGGUCUCUGAGAUCGGUACUGGAGUCUCAGGGAGGGAUUUUCUAACUGGUAGCAGGAGUUAUAAACUGGUACCGCUAAACCUCACGACAGAACCGGAUGCCCAGCAGUUACGUUUAGCUAAUUGAUCCUCUUCCUUUUCUUAUCCGAUUAAUUAUUAACGAUUAAUUAACGAUACGCAAGAACAUAUACACGCCCACGUACACACAAAUACAAAUAGUUAAAUCAACGCGUUCGAAAAAUAGCAAAUCGAUGCCGAAGGGCCUAUUGUCAAGGCCGAAAAUUGCAAAAUAGGGGGAAAUGUCGCAGGAAAUAAUCGUCACUGUUUCCUGUAAUUCAUACUGCAUUUCGUGUAAACGGGUUGCGACAUUAAUGAUCACAACUCGAAGAUUUUGUAUAGUAAAUAUUUUUCUCUGAACUUUCGUUGGAUCGGUGUUACGUGUGCAACUCUUAUGUCGGCUAGAAGUGACGGGACUUUUAUUUUUAACAUGCAAUCUAUUCGACAAUUAGAAGUAAUGACAGUACAACACGGUAAAGGUUUCGAUAGAAUUCAUGUCGCGACUUGUACAUUGGGCAUGUUUAACAGUGAUUCCCACGAUCGAGAUAUGAAACAGCGAUAUCGCAAGAGCACCUCUGGUGUUGCAAAGUAGUAUGGCUGGCUAGUAACUCGUUGUCCAGUUGUAACUCGGUUAAUAUCGUUAUUUAUAAUACUGAAUGUAUAUAAUAAUGAACAUGUAUAUACAAGACACGUUUAUAAUAUGCACACAUGCACGCCGAGGGAAGGUACUUGAAAAACCUUACGCAGUUGUACGGACAUUGUGACGCCGAACGAGGGAAGCUAUACAUAUAACGCUGUUUAAGCGACCAUUGUAACAACAAUUUAAGAGAAAUCUAAUUAUCGGAGACACCUAGCUGAUAUUUUGUAUAAGAAAAUGGUGAAUCGUUCCAGUUAUCCUUUUAGAAUAAUUCCAUGUGGAUAUUGAGAAUGUUUUUCGCGAAUUAUCUUUUACCCUUUUAUAUUAUUAAUAUCAGAUGCUAAGAGAACGGCUAAGCGCAAUUCAGAUUAAAAUGUGCCGAAAGAGGGGAAUAUUCAUUAAUCAAUUUCUCUAAGUCCCGGUGAUGUUCUCUUGAGCUGCAGCUUAAUUGAAAAAAAGUAAUUCGUAUCGAUGGUCAAUUAUUUAUCAAGUUAAACGCCUGUCAGCUAGUAAAGUCUUCUUCGAAUUGUUGGCGCAACUGAGCUUAACCUGCCCUAUAAAAGUCAGUAGAAGGACCAGUAGAUCACGAACCAAAAACAUGGUGAAUUGUAUGAACUUUUUAUGACGCUUUAUUGUAUUUUUAGUGAAUUAUAUAUCGAUUUAUAUCA